GUGCAAAACUCACUCUCUUCAAACUCUUUUUGGUCCAUCUCGACUCUAAUACACUGAACAUCGACACUCACCCUCCAAGAAAAUUGUAAACAGGCACACUGUGCUUAUCCAAUCUCCUGAUAAACUCAUUCGUCUAAAAAUUCAUCACCGAUCGCCGGUGAUAAUGAAAGCCAUAGUGAUAACGAGUACGGGUGGCCCAGAAGUGCUUCAAUUACAAGAAGUCGAAAACCCACAAAUUCAAGAAGACGACGUGUUGAUCAAAGUCGAAUCCAGCGGUAUCAACAGAGCCGACACAUUUCAACGAAAAGGCUCACACCCACCACCCAAAGGCGCGAGUCUGUACCCUGGACUCGAAUGCUCAGGAACAAUCCAAGCGAUAGGAAGAAACGUCACUCGUUGGAAAAUCGGCGAUCAGGUAUGUGCUCUUCUUGGUGGUGGAGGGUAUGCUGAGAAAGUAGCUGUUCCUGCUGAACAAGUGCUUCCUAUUCCACCUGGUAUAUCUUUGAAAGACGCUGCUAGUUUUCCGGAGGUGGCAUGCACUGUCUGGUCAACUGUCUUCAUGAUGAGUCGGCUAUCCGCAGGGGAAACAUUCCUGAUACAUGGGGGUUCUAGUGGAAUCGGUACAUUUGCAAUUCAGAUGGCUAAAUACCAAGGAGCCAAAGUAUUUAUCACAGCAGGAAAUGAGGAAAAAUUAGCUUUUUGCAAGGACCUUGGGGCUGAUGGUUGCAUCAACUACCAGACGGAAGAUUUUGUUGCACGUGUUAAGGCAGAAACAGGGGGAAAAGGUGUUGAUGUUAUACUUGAUAAUGUUGGGGGACCCUACUUUCAGCGAAAUCUUGACAUCCUAAAUGUUGAUGGGAGGCUUUUUAUUAUUGGCUUUAUGGGUGGAACAGUAACAGAAGCAAACCUUGCAGGUAUGCUUGCAAGGCGCCUCACAGUGCAAGGGGCUGGCUUGCGAAUUAGAAGCAAAGAAAACAAAGCUCUGAUCGUCAGUGAGGUGGAGAAGAACGUCUGGCCUGCAAUCAUUGCAGGCAAGGUCAAACCCGUAGUGUAUAAAUAUCUUCCAUUAUCUGAAGCGGCAGAAGCUCACCGGAUCCUGGAAAGCAGCAAGCAUAUUGGAAAGAUACUCCUCCUUCCAUGAUUUGAUGAAUCUCAGUGAAUGAAAGGAUUUCAUUCCUCUGAUGAGCAUGUCGUGUUCAAGAACAUGUUCUGUAUUCUGUCCAGUGUUGUCUUGUAAAUGAAUGUUCAUAUACUUUAGUGUUGUACCUCAGAGAACAAAAGCACCCAUAUUUAUCAGAAAAUCGUUGCAGUAAUCCAUCGAAGUCUGUUUUUCC